AUGGCUUAUGAAGAUAGUUCCAAACUAACUUCCUAUUUGAUAAUCGCACUGGUCUCUGUCUCCACCUUUUUCCUGACUUUCAUUAUUCUCAUCCUGGCCGUGAGGUUCUGUCGUAGGAGAAAGCCUAGAAUGUUGUUUGAUGGAGCAGUCGCCAUUCCCAGCGCGUAUUUCCCUUCCAACUAUGCAGAGGUGGAUGGAGCUGGAACUCUGCGUAGUUCUUAUAAUUAUGAUGCAUACAUGACAACGGGCUCAGGCACCAGUGACUUCAAGUUUGUCAGAUCUUACAAUGACAGUACACUGCCUGCUGUUCAGACACUGAGGAAAGAAAGCAAAGAUCAAGAUUCGUUAGUGGACACCAAGAACUUGAACGAGGUAGGAUUGUAAAUCGUUUUGCUAGUACUGUAUGCUGUCUCUUAAUCUGAGCCCAAAAACAUGAUUGUUUUCUUAGACAUGUUACUUACAUUUCUUGUGUUUAUUGUUUUUAAUUGUGCAAACUGUUGAGCAAACUGUAUUACCCUGAACCCCCUUUCAAUACCGUCGGUCUAAAGCAUACAAUUUCAGCAUGUCGUUUGAAACUCUUCAGAAUUGUAGGCCUAUUUUCCCCAUUAUCUCUUUGUAUCCCCAUAGUUUUCUGUUUGCAGCAGGUCUGUAUUAAUCAUGACAUCAUCAUUGGACUUCUUAUAGGCUGAAGAGUAUGAUUAUUAGAUCAAUUCAGCUUCACAUAUUGUUAAUUUGAGUAUGCAUAUUACAAAUUAGCCUACAGCAUGGAUAGGCCUAUGAUGUCCUACUCUGGUAAUGAAAUCGUUCCUUUAUUUAGUAAAUGUUGAUAUGUAACACAGUGUGUCGCUGUUGGCUUACAAAAAAUGACUGAUUGAAACCCACCCACUCCUGCCCCCAAUCCGUCGUUAUCUUUUGUCUGGUGAAUAUUUUCUUCCUUAAAGCCUUUCGCGUUGGAUACCCUUACCUAGGUAGAGGUCAUAUUUGCAGACGUUUUUAUAUAUAUAUAUAGUCUAUAGUAAGAGGUUUGGGAUAAUUUGAUUAAUCUGAAUUGAUUAUGGAAUAUAAAAGAGGUUCCAUAUUGAGGCGAGGGCUAUGGACCACCUUUGUCUUCCUAUUGCUGACAGUCCAUCAGUGUGUCGGGGAUAUUCGCUAUUCAAUUGCAGAGGAAAUGAAACGAGGUUCUGUGGUUGGGAGAUUUUCUCAGGAUUUGGGCAUCGAUGUAAAAACACUGUCGACCAGAAGACCAAGGAUCGAAUUCGAAGGUAGUACACGAUACUGCGACAUUAACCACCAGACUGGGGAUUUGAUUGUGAACGAGCGGAUGGACAGAGAGGAGCUGUGCGGACAAAGGCCGUCGUGUGCUUUGCAUUUUGACUUAUUUUUGGAAAAUCCUCUAGAGUUGCACCGUGUCACACUUGAAGUCCAAGAUGUUAACGAUAAUUUCCCAACAUUUCCCAAUGAAGUAAUCAAAUUAGAGAUCAGAGAAUCGGCCGACAAAGGAGAGCGAUUUUCCAUUGAUGAGGCCCUCGACACAGAUACGGGAGUCAAUUCAGUUCAGGGUUAUACUCUUUCGGCAAAUGAACAUUUCACCUUGUAUGUUCACACAAGUGCUGAUACGAGUAAAUAUGCAGAGAUAGUACUAGAGCAUGAACUAGACCGGGAAAAACAGGAUGAGCUAUCACUUAUUCUGACAGCUUAUGAUGGCGGAAAGCCACAGACAUCUGGCACAGUAGUUAUACAGGUCCGGGUACUAGAUGCUAAUGAUAAUGUCCCUGUUUUUACGCAGUCUAUUUAUAAGGUGAGUGUGCCUGAAAACGCUCCAUUGGGUACUGCGGUGGUCACUGUCAGUGCCAGCGAUGCAGAUGAAGGGGCGAAUGGAGAGGUUACAUAUGAAUUUAGUCAUAUUUCUAUCAAAACUAAAAAUACUUUCUCUAUUGAUCCAAAAAGUGGAGAGAUUAAAAUAAAAGCAAUGAUAGAUUUUGAAGAUACAUCGUCAUUUGAGCUGCGGGUUAAAGCUAAAGAUGGAGCAGGUCAGGCUGCUUCAUGUAAAGUUAUUGUUGAUGUCGCUGAUAUUAAUGACAACGCCCCAGUCAUUCUUAUUAAGUCAUUCAAAUCACCAUUCCCAGAAAACUCACCAGCCGGUACAGAGGUUGCCUUAAUUUAUGUACAGGACAAAGAUUCUGAGUCCAACAGCAAAGUAAGAUGUUCUAUUGAGCAGAACACAUCCUUCAAAUUGUCCCCAUCAAUCAAAAACCAUGUUUCCCUAAUAACUGCUGUGGAACUGGAUCGUGAGACACAGUCCGAAUACAACAUCACUCUUAUUGCAACCGAUGAAGGAUCUCCUCCACUGUCAUCUUUUAAAACUAUUACGUUAAUUGUUUCUGAUGUGAAUGACAACCCACCAGUGUUUGAAGAACAAUCCUACAGCGCCUAUGUGACUGAAAAUAACAAGCCUGGCUCCUCUAUGUGUUCUGUUACUGCCAGAGACCCAGACUGGAGACAGAACGGCACGGUGGUCUAUUCUCUAUUGCCCAGUGAGGUCAACGGUGUUCCGGUGUCCUCAUUUUUAUCCAUCAACGGAGACACGGGGGUGAUCCAUGCUGUGAGAGCAUUUGAUUAUGAGCAGUUUAGGAGCUUCAAAGUCCACGUUGUAGCCAGAGAUAAUGGUUCACCUCCACUCAGCAGUAACGUGACUGUGAGUGUCUUCAUAACAGAUGAAAAUGAUAACUCUCCCCAGAUAUUAUACCCUGCUCCAGCAGGGAACUCUUUGAUGACUGAGAUGGUCCCCAAAGCUGCUCUUGCGGGGUCCCUGGUUUCCAAGGUGAUAGCUGUGGAUGCUGACUCUGGACAGAACGCUUGGCUGUCAUAUCAGAUCGUAAAAUCGACUGAUUCGGGACUUUUCACUAUUGGUAUCCACAGCGGAGAGAUCAGGGUACAGCGGGACUUUUCUGAAUCUGACAGUACGAAGCAGAACCUUGUUAUAUCAGUGAAAGAUAACGGACAGCCCUCUCGCUCUACACGUUGUGAUGUGUAUUUACUCAUAUCAGACAACUUGGCUGAAGUUCCAGAACUGAAAGACAGGGCUUAUGAAGAUAGUUCCAAACUAACUUCCUAUUUGAUCAUCGCACUGGUCUCUGUCUCCACCUUUUUCAUGACUUUCAUUAUUCUCAUCCUGGCAGUGAGGUUCUGUCGUAGGAGAAAGCCUACAAUGCUGUUUGAUGGAGCAGUCGCCGUUCCCAGUGCGUAUUUCCCUCCCAACUAUGCAGAGGUGGACGGAGCUGGAACUUUGCGUAGUUCUUACAAUUAUGACGCAUAUCUGACAACUGGCUCACACACCAGUGACUUCAAGUUUGUCAGAUCUUACAAUGACAGCACGCUGCCUGCUGAUCAGACACUGACAAGAUGUCCAGAUACAUUAUUAGAAGGGAGUAUCAUCGCUCUCAACAUUGCAGGAGAGGCGACUGAGGUAAGCCUUCACUCAUCUGAGAUACCACCGUUUGUAUGUGAGUUGUUUCAUUGUGGGAGAAUGGGUUGGGUAUGUCGAAAAUAA